AUUCUUCACAAUUACCUUACUGCCACAGUGAGAGUGCCAAGCAAACUCUGGACCUUGUGCGUAAACAAACCCCAAGUGAAUCAAGAUGAGAGCCCAGCGUUGUGUAUCCCCCGUGCAGGCCGUCAUGGGCGUGAUGGACGGCAAGAUCCGCAAGUCGCCCCUCAAGAGCGACGGCGCCGACCAGGUCCUGCUGUACCUGGAGCGCCUGCAGCACCUGGUGCCGCAGUGCCCCAAGGACCGCCCCGUGACCAAGCUCGAGCUCGUGCCCCACCUCCGAGGACGAGAUGGAGUGCGUGGAGAGCUCGUGAGCGGCGCCGCGGCGGACUGUCGCCUCCGGG